AUAAGCAAAAAGUGCAUUCCUCGCUUCUCCAUGAUCUUUUCCCCGAGUUCACAACUAUGAUCAAAGGUGAUAAAAGUCACUAUUUAACGGACAAUAACGCUGAUUAUACACAUAGGUGACAACAAGAUACGAAUGAACAAGUUGUGAAACACAGCUUAAAAAUAUACAUGGUCGGAUAAAAACUGUUAUCGAAUUAAUUAACAUACUGAAAAACUCGUUUGAUUAAAUGUUGGAUAAUGAGAAUAGCUUGAACGCUGAGUUCUACAGUCUCAGUAUAUCGGUUGAAAGAAAACACCAAGUGAAGUCUUUCAAGGAGGACACUCCGGUUCCAAAGUUUUACACGUCUUUUGUUUACCACCUGGAUUACACGAUGGAGAGGAAUUCUAAAGAUGGGGUGAAAUAUGAAAAGUUAUGCUACAGUGGGCAAAGAUGCCAAAAGAUUCCAGAAGCCCUAAUUAAACUGUAUGGUGCCAAAACUCAAAGCCUGGACCUCAGCUAUAAUGAACUGAUAUCUUUAAGGGGAUUGGAAGGUUUUCCUCUGUUGAAAGAACUCAUUUUAGACAACAACGAACUAUCAGACUCCCUAGUUUUACCAUACCUACCACAUUUGAAUCUCUUAUCGCUCAAUAAAAAUAAGAUUUUUGACAUUGAAUGUCUCAUCACAAAAAUUCAACAUAAUCUGCCAAGUCUGAAUUACCUUAGUUUACUAGGAAAUAAAGCAUGUCCCAAUGAGUUGGCUGAUGCUGAGAAUGAUGAAGAAGACUACCAAAGAUACAGAUAUUUUGUACUGUACCAUCUGCCAAAUCUGAAAUUUCUGGAUUCGACCAAAGUAAGGGAGAGUGAGAGAUGUGAAGCCAAAAGAAGAGGAAAAUUCAUGAGGGUUAUUAGACCUGUACCUACCGAAGAAGAUGAUGAUGAAAGUGAUACACCAUGGGAUAGUAGAUUCAGUCCUUUACCUAAGACUAUUCGAAGUUUAGGUGACCAACGAGGAUCUAUGCGGAAAUGUAAAAAAGUUUACCAUGGCAAACAUUCGGAAGGUAAUAGGUUCAUAUCUAACCAGGAUCUAUAAGACAUUUGAAUUAUCUUUUAUUUUGUACUAAUUUUUUUAAUACUUACCUAAAUAAACUUUUUCACUAUCA